AUGUUGCUAUCAACCAUGUUUGACUUUUUCCAGCGUUCUCCUUCUGGAGAAACAAACACUCUUUCUUUGUACCUCCAGACCUUGCUCCUCGGCGUUGGGACUCCGGCAACAAGAUGGUUUCUUGAAGGGUAUCAGAUGGUCUUGAGGGGACUGAAGACGGUAUCUGGCCCCUUCCAGGUCAUGACUGGCACUGGUCCCAUUCUCGUCUUGCCCAACAAUUAUGCCAACGAAGUCCGGAACAACCCCCACCUGAGCUUCAAUCGCUUCUUCGACAAGGACUUCUUUGUUAAAUACCCCGGCUUCGAGGCGUACAAGACUGGAUACCAAGAUGGCACCUUUAUCCAGGAAGUCGUCCGAACCAAGCUCACCCAGUCAUUGGGUUUGGUUACUGAUGAUCUCGUUGAUGAGAUGACCGCUUCUGCACACGAUCUCAUUGGAGAAGACAAGGAGUUCAAGGCAGUCACGCUCAAGGAAGUCAUCUCACUGAUGGUGGCAAGACUUUCGUCUCGUGUCUUUUUGGGAAAGAAUCUCGCUCGAAACGACCGCUGGUUGCACAUCGCCAUGCACUACACACAUGAUUCUUACUCUGCGGCCGCUGAGCUCCGCCAAUGGCCUUUCUUCCUUCGACCUUUUGUCUACUGGUUCCUUCCCCUGUGCCGGAAGCUACGCCAGGAAGUCAAGGACGCCGAUGCUUUGAUCAUGCCCGAGGUAAACAGACGCAAGGAGGCUGUCCUGAAGGCUCAAGCAUCUGGUGAGAAGCCACCUCGAACUUCGGAUACUAUUGGCUGGAUGUUUGAGAUCUCUCGUGGUCGCGACGUCAACUAUGUCUAUGGUCAACUUUUCCUGAGCUUUGCAGCCAUUCAUACCACCACGGAGACCAUCACCGGUUGUGUCUUGGAUAUCAGCUCUUAUCCCGAGAUUGUGCAACCGCUGCGUGAGGAGAUCAUCAGUGUCAUUGGCGAACACGGCUGGGCCAAGACGUCUCUUUACAAGCUGAAGCUUAUGGACAGUUUCAUGAAGGAGAGCCAGCGUCGUCACUACAUGGGCAUGACUUCUAUCCAUCGCCAUGCGGACGAGGAUAUCAAGUUGUCCGACGGUAACGUGAUUAGAAAGGGAAGCCGAAUGUGUGUCACUGCUGAGCCAUUCAUUGACCCCAAGGUCUAUCCUGAGCCUGAAAAGUACGAUGUGUACCGCUUCCUGAAUCUCAGAUCGCAGCCUGGCCAGGAGAACGCCCAUCAGUUUGUCACUACGUCUCCUCAGCACAUGCUGUUUGGCCAUGGCACUCAUGCCUGCCCCGGACGAUUCUUUGCCAGUAACGAGAUGAAGAUUGCUCUGUGCCAUCUCAUCCUCAAGUAUGACUGGAAGCUGUGUGAUGGCCAGACCGAGAGGCCCAAGAACCUUCAGGUGGACGCUGGGUUCCUUACAGAUCCCACUGUCAAGGUCAUGGUCAGGAGGAGAGAGGCUGAGAUUGACCUGGAUGUAGGCAUCGCGGAGGAAUGA